UUGAGAUCAAGGUUCGGGUUUUGUCCGCGGAAUAGGAGGGCGUAAAGUUGUCAAUCGCGAAAAAAUUCCCUCCAUCCGGGCCUUAAUAGAAUUGUUGUAGAGUCAGAACAAACGAGUUUAUAACGUGCAGUCAGUGCUCCUGGAAGCGGCUGAUGUUGAAUUCAAGAGUUCACGCGAUCACUCCAAAUGGGCGGUUACAAUGGAAAAUAAAGAGUAUAAAAAUUGGGUUUGCGUUGGAGAUAUUAACAGAGCUGACACACAAUUCAACAGAGGAGGUGGCACCGUCUGCUUGAAUUCCCCAAAUCUCUGGAAGAACUACAGAGAUUCAGUAAAUGAAAUCGAGCCCUGCCCUCGACGAAGAUCCAAAACCUUCGAUUUCCUCAGCUCCCCCCUCUCCGAAAAUCAGCAUCCCACGAAUUCUCCAUUAAUUCCUAAGACAAUUGUCUAGACAUCAGGCUAACUUCAAACUCAUGACGAUGAAAAAUGGCUAGUGUAUUUAAUUAUUGGACACGCAAUUUUCCUCUCAUUACUCAGAUAUUUCAACUCAUGAGCUGAAUUAUGUACAUUGAAUCGGUAAUAAUUUAUAAAUGCGAGGAAUUAACUCGUAACAAUAAUAAAAUCUUCGAUAAAAUCAA